AUGACAUUCCGUGUAACGAUACUUGGAAAUUCAACAUUGAAGCAAAUUUUACGGAGUUUGCGCCAUUUGGUUUAUCCAAUGGGUUAUAGUGCUGUCUUCUUCAGUACAUUGGUGGUAGUAGUGUGCAUCUACCUGUUGCUGUAUCUCAUGGCAGCCACUGCUAAUGCAGUGCUGGAUGUUGGAGAUGCCAUCAUACCUUGCUCUGAAGUAAUAAAAAAUGUUCAACCAACAGCAUGGUAUGCGAUACCUGUGGCAGUUAUUUCAUCCCUAUAUCGAAUAAGUCAAGAUGAAGUAAUGAGCGAAUACACGCGUGAUAUUGAUGCAAGGACAUGGAUCGUUCGUCACAGUUUUCCACCAAAUAGAUUAACAAAACUCUUUCUCAGUAAAUUUUCAUCAAGAUUUCUGUCAAAUGGUUACGACAUUAAUCCAACUGUGACAACCACUGCCCUCACUGUACGGGCGACGUCUGAACGACAGAACAACUGCGUCGUAUUUGUUAGUGUUAUAUCUGCUGUCCAUCUGAUUUUCUGUCCUACUUUGCUAUGCAAAAUUUUGGAACAAAGGACAGGACAAAACGAUAUGAGGCACGCUGCAGUUGCGCGAGCUGCUGCUUUCGAAGCGGUGCGAGCGGUCGAGAAAUCAAUUGAAGUCGGAGUGGGACCCAAACAGCCAACUGCAGCGAAGAAUGCUGCUUGGAAGGGUCCUUCCUGCCAGACUUGCACGGAUGGUACGGUGCCAGACGCUUCAAAACGCAGAUGUCGAUGCCCCACGGGCUCAGUUAUCCGAAACAUCACUCCCUCAACUAUUGUGUGCCAAGUGUGCCCGCAAGGGUUUUAUUCUUCUCCAUCUGGUCUUGAAUGCAUCAUUUGCCCGUCACCUCCAUGUUGUCCUGGAGGUUCGAUCUAUAUUAGCCAUCACGGCGGCGAAUCUCUAACAGAGUCGAUCACGAAAGCACAGAAUGAUACAGAUUCGUCCAGUCAGUGCAAAAAAUGUGGGAAAGGAACAAUGCCAAACCGGGAAGAAAAUGCAUGCGAAUUAUGUGGGACAUUAGAGUGUUACUGUAAGAUGAAUCGUUCUCUCUGCGCGUCUGCAGCCGUAACACCGGUCAUAACCACCACUAUUCAUCUAAGUUCUGGCACUGUUGUACGUUCAGCGCUUUUGGAUGAAAUCCUGGAAGGAGUAUCAUCAAGAUGUAGUGUUGGAAGCGAGCAAGACUGUCAGACUCUCGCUAAUCUCUGUGUUCUUCAAAAUUACGACACUUCUGCCGGGACUGCAUGCGACAUCAUAGAAAAAUUGAGACAUCAACGUGCAGAAAAUGUGCUACCGCUUUUGUUCUUUUCCAACGACGCUGACACAGAAUUGUACAGAGAAACCGCUAUUCCUCAGCUAUUCAUGUUCGAUAGUGGUUUUGCCGGUCAUUUACAUAUCAUAUUAUUCAGAUAUGCUCUGAACGGUUCGUUUUUGGGAAUAACUCGAGCAGAGAAGGUUCUACAGCCAUGUGCCGCGAUGGAAACUUCUUAUUUAUUUGAAUUUGGACGAAGAUACAACUUGGAUUGUUCCAUGGCAACAGAUCGAGUGGUUUUCGACAAGGAUGCGUCAUUUUUUGAAGCCUAUUUGAAAUUUUUCGACGAAAAAGGAAUGGCGCAGCGUUCUCGAGAUGGUCUUAUAUUUCCACCAUAUUUAUGGAUUGAAUAUUCGGAGGUGAACACUAGCCAAAGUGACGCGGUACCGACGAAGUUGUCAGUCACCUACGAAAUCGAUCCAUCACGUCAUGAUCGGGAACUGGAAAUCUCCAUGGCUGUGCUAGGACCACUCUCUGUCUUAUGGGCUGCAAUGAAAGCGUACAGCUGGGGACGACGCAGCGGCAAAGCUUCUCUUCUCGACGCUUCAACUGUUCUUCAAUUCCUAUUGUAUGAAUGCGCUGCGCUUGGAGAAGUGUUUUUUGUUGUGAUAACGGCGAUGUCGUGUUGGAUCACAUUUGCCUAUAAAUCACAAAAAUAUCCAUUUUAUUCCACUCUCAACGAGAAUCAGGAAUGGGUCCUUAUGGCGUACCUAGUAACUACGUUAUGUCUAAAACUCAUUGCACUUGUGCAUACUAUACUAGAAAUGGUUCUCCAAGAGACGUUUUUCAUCGAUUGGGAAAGACCACGAGUUGUUGAGGACACCCAACAACAUCGACCUAUCUCUAGAGAUGUAUCCAAGGAUAGAAUGGAGCUGCCAGUCGUUGUAUGGCGAACAUAUCUAGUCGCUAAUGAAUGGGCAGAACUUCGAUGUGUUCGUGCUACUUCUGUUGGAUUACAACUGGUUUUAGUUAUGGUGUUACUAGAAACUUUCAAUUUUAUUAGAUUCAGCAUUGUUCAACCCGGAUUUGGCGAUGGCUCCGCCUCUACCGAUUCAACAUUCAUGACAAGAUUCGCUGUGGUUGUUUCUUGCUAUCUUUUUGUUGGAUUCUUACAAUGGGUUGUACAGGUUGUGGUGGUAGAGCGCAUGAUUCUAGAUCCAUUUCAUAACUUCAUUGAUCUGUGCUCAAUUGCUAACAUAAGCGUACUUUCCCUAACACAUCCUCUUCAUGGACACUACAUUCAUGGCCGCUCCGUACAUGGACGAGCCGAUACCAAUAUGGCAGAGAUGAAUGAAUUCCUAAAGAAAGAAAGAGAUGAUCUAUGCGGUUUUCGUGGUCUAGAACCCACUUCUCAUCUACAAACCUUCACAGUUUGUUUACCGUCAGGAUUUCGGAAACGCUACGAUGAAAUUAUGAAUACGGCAAAAAAUUCAACGGCCCAAACAAGGUUAAGUGGACUUGAUCAAACUACUGCGAAGAUGACUGCUACCGUUCGAGCUCAUCAACAAAUGAAUAUUUUUCUCCAAGAGAUGAUUGAUCACUCAUCCAAUGAUGUUGACUAUAUAAUCAGAGAUCGUUCGUUUGCUGAAGCUAUUCUUGAUGCGGAGCUCACCGAUACCAGUCAAAAUGGAAAUUUUUUAAGUUAA